AUGUGCGACUUAAACCCAAUUGAGUUAGCAUGGGCAAAAGUCAAGAGAGUUGUGAGGGAGUACAACGUUAACUCAGAUUUAUCCCUAACAAGAUUGAAAGAAGUAACGGAGAUGGCUAUAAACCAGGUGACAGAAAAAGAUUGGUGUGGAUUCGAUGAUCACGUUAUAAUUUUUGAAGAGCAUUACUGGCAAAAAGACGGACUAAUGGAAAAUACGAUCGACAAAUUCGUAAUUGAAGUCAGCGACGGCGAAGAUACUGAUUCCGACUCUGCUCUGUCGGUUGUUUUUGCAUCUGAUAGUGAUUAA